GUAUCUUUGGAUCAGCUCUUUUUAUGGAGGGCUUAUCUCAUUGGGGGUGCCCUUGGUGCUGCGUGGGAAGCCCAGCGGCUUUUGCGCCGUCGAGUUCAAGAUGAAGAUGAGUCACACAUGACUCGAUGGUUGAACAAAAGAGCGGUGGGGGUGGUUGCCUUUCGGGGGCUGUGUGGCGUUGAAGCGGACAGGGCAUGCAUCCAGUUGGAUGCAGCUGGCUUAAAGCGUCUUUUUUCACAUGGGAUUCGGCGCUUCACAUCGGGGUCAACCAACAAGGAUGAAGAGCUUGAUGAGUUCUACAACGUUUUGCGAACUUACUGGGGUGAGUCUGAAGGCACCGGUGGCAACCAGGAGGAGUCUGAUGAUGGGUAUGGUGGUGGUGAUGAUGAUGUUGGUGGUUAUCCUGAUUCUGAUGCUUCGACGGUGGCACGCCCCAUCAAUCCUGAACCUGCCAUGCCCAUAACUCCUGCAGAACCAGUUCCCGCCCGUGCGGAAGCAGCAGAAUCUCCCAGCCCUGCAGCGACGGAAGCAACGAGCCCAGCGAGCAUCCCCGAGAAAAUUUCACCAGGAAGCAGUACUGAUAGAGCGUCCCCGGCAAGCAGUGCUGAUGGAGUUGGCGCCGCUGAAGCACCUUCGAAGGAUCCCAUGCCACCUCCGCCUGUCCCAAACAAACCUGGUGUGCAAGCUUUGGUGAAGCUGCGGAUCAAAGAGUUGGAGCAACGCUUGGCAUCGAAGAAGGCAAGUGAAGCCACAAAGACCUUUUGUGCGGACAAUGCUGAGACACAACCUUUGGAAGAAUCAGCCUGCGAUCACAUCUUGAGGGCCAAGACCUUGGAGUUGGGGGAAGCAUGGACUGAUUCAGAGGGGUCGCCGCCGUCGCCGAAACCACUUGCUGAGCUCCAGCGAGGGAAAUCUACGGUUGACAUUGGUGCUGCUGAUGCUGCUGAAGUGCUAGAAGAACCUACCGGGAAAAGCGAAAAUCAUGAGGAGCCACCUGCUACCCAACCUUCCCCAGAACCUGCGGAUGAGAGCAGCAUGGGUGAUGAAGUAUACCCUGACCUACCAAGCACACCUGAGACGCCCAUGGUGACCCGGGAUGACCAAAGGGCUUUGAAGGAGUUGAACGAGUUGGGAAUCCAGAAGCCCAACGCGAAAGCUGCUCCCAAAAAGAGGGGCAGACCACCUUCAAAGAAAACUCCAUGUGUCUUGAAGAGGCCCGCAGCCAGGGCACCCGCCAAGAGCAAGAAGAUCACCGAGGAGCCAGAGGAGGUGCAGUCUGAGGGAGAAGAGAUGGUCGAUGGCACCCAGCACUACUCCCCUUCACAGUCACCUGUCUCGCCGAAGAAUUUGGAAAAGAAGUUUGAUGCUGCUGACCCCAGCCCUGAGCAUGACACAGUGGCUGGUCGUCGCAAGGCUGCAAAGCGCCAAGCUUCGGAUGAGGAUGAGAAUCCCAAACCCAAUGAGAAGAAGAAGAAAGGAGAAGUUUCGAGAGAAGAUGACGAUGGCAAGGAGGACCCGCCCAAGACUCGCAAACGAAAACAGAAGGCUGCUGACACAGAGAACCCAAUGACCAAUGGCAAGCGCACCAAGAAACCCGAGGACAAGAAGGAUGGCAAGAUUCCCCAUGAUGAUGGUAGCAACUUAGUGGUGAGCAAACGAGGAUCGGGCCCACGUGUCUCAUUUGCUGGGCGUGUGCCUCCCAAGAAUGAGCAAGCCAAGCAGCGACAUGAGGUCAUGGUUGCCACCUACAAGGAUCAGAUCGGCCCCUUCGUCACCAAUGGAAGUCAGGUCGAGGUCCUUUGGUGGAACUGGGCAUUCAAGAGCCUCCUCAAUUUGCCGAAGCCUACCCUCCAAAAGUACCAGAACAUGGCAUCUCAGAAGGAGUUCGUGUUUCUGCUGUUGAUGUGCGGAUGGCUUUCAUAUGUCAAGUUUGAGAAGGGGAUGAGUUUGGUGUUGCUAUUGGUUUGCUGUAUGGAUGGAAAAUUUGUAGCUGAAAAUCCACAUUCUACAUUGGUGUUUCUCUACGAGCCCUUCUUGAAGGCAGUACGGCUGCUCAAGCAGGCUAGUCUAAAGGUGGAUCUCACGACGCCCCUCCCAGAGUUGUUCGGGAAACUUGAAUGGUCGGAGCUGCCUGAAGCCAAUUUGGCGGAUUGUUUGCUGUACCUGCGAGGCCAAUUCACUGGAACAUCUCAGUCUGGUCCACUGACAAAAAGGGAUCCCACUACCUGGUCGGGCACCAGCUUGGAGGAUGCCAUGAACUUGACUCAGGCCACCCAUGAAAAGCAUGCGUCCCAGUGUGAGGAAGACAUGGUCCGAGAGUUAGCAGAACUGCGAGCUUGGCUGGAGCAAAACCAGACUGAAGUGUUGCCCAAGGAUGGUCGACCUGUUGCUGCCCCACUUCGGGCAUCCUCACCCAUCGUCGUAUCCCCAUCAGUUUGUGAAGGCAAGGAUUGGCAAAGUGAGCAGACUGACAGGAGCCCCUGCUUGUCUCCAGCUCCCACCGUGCCAGACGUUCCGGCUGAGUUUUUAGAUGACGAUGUUGAAGAUGAUGUUGAGCCGACUCAAAAGGUACCAGACCCUUUGGCCCCAGGCUCAGCUCACCCCGAGAAACCGAUGAUGAACUUAGAUGGGGUUAAUGCAGCUGAAGUUCCUGCUUUUGGGGAUCAAUCGGCACCACGCUUUGAUGUUGGGGAACACCACAUUUCAGCAAAUGCCGUUCGUCAGAGAGCCAAGAGAAUUUUCACCCCACGAGCCGAUGGAAGCCUAAAGGUUUCUGAGACUAUCUUCAAUGAGUGGAAAGGUAAGGGACAGGCCAGGAAAAACUUGGAGCAGAUCUUUAAGAGUGUUGGUUACGACCCUGAAACUUUCUGUGCAGAGGUGGAGGUGCUCCGGCAGGAAAUGCAAAGCUCAGAGCUGGUGAUCGAAGGGGAGUUCUUAUCCCAUGACCAGAUGGUUCAGCAGCGGAUGGAGGCGAUCAAGAAACACUGCAAGACCAAUCCCAAAAAGCUCAUGAGGAAAGAUACCUACGAGAACCUGUGGAUGUACUACGUGGAAUUGGCAGUCAAGGGGAGCCACAAGAAAGAGUCCCGAUUGGACAUCCGAAAGCGGGUCCGGUUUGAGGAAACCGGCGUGGGUUCCAUGGAUGCCCCUGUUGAAUUUGAUCACCACGAUGCGGAAGGGCUGGAUGACUCCGACAUCGACAAGAUCGAGGAGCAAGAGUCAAAGGAAGCCACCCAGCGAAAGGGAAAGCAGAUUGGACUGCCAGAAAUUGAUCCUGAUGCUUUGCCCAGCAGCAUGGUCACAAAGUAUUUGACAGCUCUGGCCAAGCGCAUGAAGAAAAUGCAAGACCUGGCCGAUAAGUUCAACGCACCGAAGGCUGAGGAUCUGACUGAGAUCCAAUCCAGGCUGAAGAUCUCGAUCUCGAAGUCCAUCAAUGACAUGGAGGGGGUUCACAAGGAGAUGUCUGAUGACUACUCCAAUGGGGUGAUUACGGGCUACAGCAAGGCCACUGACUCCCUGUCAUUGGAGGCCCGUUCCAGGCCUCGGGCUGGUGCCAAAUCGAAGCCCAGGGCACGACCUAAGGUGCAGCCAAAGAUGGCCCCCAAGGCAAAGGCUCAAGCAGUGAAGUUUGCCCCAGCAGCCAGGUUGGAAGCUUUCGGUUGUCAAGCUCGAAAAGAACUUGGUGAGCAUACCUUGGGUAAACAAACAGGAAAUGCUUCCAGGGCAGCCCAUGCAUUUGUGAACAGAUGGGGUCUUACCUGGAAAGUUCCUUUCACAGACUUCACCCUUGAGAACCACCACGGGGAGACAGUUGUGGUUUCGUACAUCAGCCCAAAAUCCUUUGUACGAUUCCUGCUGAAGAAUGCUCCCGAAGUGUUGACGGGAGGAGAGCACAACACGAACCUCACCAAGUUCGUUCUGUCAAUUCUUCCAAAUGAUCUUUACAAAGAAACCAAUGGUUUGGAGUUGGUUUUGCAAAAAGUUUGCGAUGACUUCAAGGAAUUGUUUGAGACUGGACUUGAGAUAGAUGGUCAAAGAUGGUUCGUUGCCCUUACUGGCUUGAAAGGAGAUCUCAAAUGGUACGAGAAGAUCGCCAACUUAAAACGAUGUUUCAACAAACAGAUUGGAAGUGGUCUCCAAAUGUGCCAUGAAUGUGAGGCGGGUUCACCCGACAUUCCCUUCGAAGAUGCUGGUCAUUUUCCAUGCUGGAGGAACCAUUUGUUCCAAAAUCGACCCUGGGAUGUUGCUCCAACAAUUACAAGAAUACCGUUUGAACCUUUGGAUGAAUCUGGAAAACCUGAGCGGGUUCUUCGUCGAGAUCUGUUCCACAAUUCCAAAGUUGGUUUGCUCAGGGAUUUUGUGGGGUCUUCGGUGUUGCUCCUUAUCUUCCUUGGCUACUUCAAAGACCAAGGGCCCGGCGUCUCGAACAGACGCGACAUCUGCCUGCAACGAGGACACAGACAUUUCUACCUGUAUUGUCUAUCAACUGGUGGGAAACCUGGUCUCAGAAGUUUCAGUCCGGUGUUCUUCAAUGCCAAAAAGCAAACAGAUUAUGGGUGGGUCAAUGCGAAAGGUUCUGACGUGACACUUCUG